GGGGAGCGCGCGCCGGGAUUCAACAGCUGCACAGUGAGGAGUCGCCAAAAGUCGAACAAAUAUGAUUCGCGUUCAAACAAUUGAAUAGGUGAGAGCUGUUCACCAGCAGCAACAGCGGCAGCUACAGCAGCAACAACAACGCCUUUAAAAGACAUGAGGAGGCAGCUCGCACAAGCUGCUCAAAGCCACAGUCGGUCCUAAUAUCACUAUCAUUAUUUAUCCGGAAAUUCACAGUUGGUAGGUAUUGUUUGAUUCCCAAUAGUCUGAACAGUGUAUGCUGCCAUUGUUGCUCCACCUUGAGAGAACAAUGCCGACUCACUCUUUGCUGCCGUUUGUGGAGAGCCCAGAUGGACUUGCCCAAGACAUUCUGAUUAGUAACAGUGCAAGCAUCCCUGGGCCUGGCUCGAGCAUGACUCCACACACCACUAACUCAGAAAAGGCUCUGUCGCAAUCUGGAGGAAACUCGCCGCUUUCUUGCAUGUUCUGUGAUCAGACCUUUAGUCAUCAGGAUGAGCUCGGACCCCACGUAUUAACACAGCACCCGACCACUUUCUAUGAACCCACUGUGCUUCGAGUGGAAGCAGAAUUCAGGAUCCCAGGAGAGAGACCCCGACCUAAGGCAAACAGCCUCUCGAAUGAAAAAGAGGAGGUUCACAGCUGCAUUGUCUGUGGCCAGAUCUCGCAAGACGCCAGUGAGCUGGAGGCUCAUAUGAGGAAGCACAAAGACUACUUUACUUACUGUUGUAAUGUCUGUGGACGCCGUUUCAGGGAACCAUGGUUCCUUAAGAACCAUAUGAAGAUGCAUGUGAAACCAGGGGCAAAGAGCAAGGCCCAGCAGGACCUGGAAACCCCGGCCACAGUCAACGGCAUUGUUCAAGAGCCUGCUACCGAGUCUGUAGUCACUGUUUACAAAAUGUGCAUGGUUUGUGGGUUUUUCUUCCCAGAUCAUGACAGUUUGGUUGAGCACAGCAAAGUACACAAUAGAGAAGUGGAGCAUGGAAAAGAAAAAGACAAGGAGAACAUGGAGGCCACUGCUGAACCCUUUUCCAGCCAGGAAACAUUCCUUGGCUGUCUAAACCUUCGGCCUUGCUCUGUAGGAAGUACAUUGCAACAUGAGAGAUCAUCAAAAUGGAUUCCCCAGUUGGACCCCUUCAACACUUAUCAGGCCUGGCAACUUGCCACAAAGGGCAAGGUAGCAGUUGGUCCUAAUAAUACUAAAGAUAUUGGCCAGGAAGCCAGCACAGACAAUGAAGACUGCAACUCUGAUAAGGAGGAGCUGAAUAAUAUUUGGUCUGAUGGCCUAGGGGGAGACAAGCCUGUAAAGGAGGUCCUUGGGAAAGAGCUGCGCUCCCAGCAGCACACUGCAGUAGAAAACCCACAGCCACAGCGCAGGUCUCUCAUGCAAAAAGAUAAGGACAAAGAAAGGCCAACCACUUGUCAGGAAUGUCAAAGGACUUUCAGGACUUACCACCAGCUAGUUCUUCACUCCAGGGUGCACAAGCGUGAGAGAGGUGGUGAGGGAAGUCCAACUUCCUCUGUUGAAGGGAAGUUGUCAAGAGUUAGCUCACUGGAGCAUGGAGAGGAAGGCUCUGAGGAGGGCUUCGAGGAUGCAGCACUGACAGAAAACCUUGGUUCAGGGGAAGACAGUUUUGAUCGAUCCAAAGUAAGAUCAAAACAGUGCAGCUACUGUGGCAAAUCAUUCCGAUCAAGCUAUUAUCUCACAGUUCAUCUGAGGACUCACACAGGUGAAAAACCAUACAAGUGUGCUUACUGCGACUAUGCUGCAGCUCAGAAGACUUCACUAAAAUAUCACCUGGAUCGUCGCCACAAGAACAAACCCUUUGUGGAGAUCCCCAACAAACCUAUGCAUUCAGUGCCCUCUCCCAAUGACGGAAAACAAGGAAACGACAAUGAAAGUCCUGCCCCAAAUCGAUCAAAACUCUGGGUUCCUGCUGUCAAAUCAUACACUGAUGGAACACCCGAGAACAAAUGUGAGAGUAUAGGCAGCAAACUUGGCAAACCACUCCUUCAGAUAAGUGAUGCUGAGAUGGAAAAACUAGUUGCCAAGUCUGCUAACUCUCCGACUGAUGAUGUGCACAUAAAAUGCCCUCUGCCUGUUAACAUGAAGAUGGAAGGGGAAGAUAUAAAGGAGGAAAUCUCUGAGGCCCCAUUAAAUUUGUCCGUAAAAGUGUCCCUCUCCAUCCCUGCCAGUGCGGAACCCAGAAACACAUUAAGUCCAAUUGCUUGUUCGUUUUGUGCAUAUAAAACAAUGCACCCAGAGGUUCUGAUAAUGCACAAAAAGCUGUCUCAUAAAGAUAAAUCAGACGGUGCAAAAAAGAGUCUGAAACAAAAGCGUUACACAGGAUGUCCCCCUGCGCUCAAUGGCAAAGAUGUCGGCCCACUUCCAGUGACUGACAGGCGCCACCCUCGUCGAACCAAAUCCCCACCCCCUCAACCUGCAAAGCCUCAAGAGAGUACGCCUACUAAACCCACCGCUGGUCCCAAACAGUCACCGCUCCAUGCACCCCUACAUGAAGCUGUCCAGGAGACCCCGCGUUAUAGGCAGAACACUGAUUCACACCCCAGUCAGGACUCCUCCAGGUAUACAGACGUCAUGAGGAAACCCAACACUGGCAGUAACAAGUAUGUAAUCGACAGACCGGGCCUCCCAGACAGAGUGGGGAUCGGUGAGAGGAGUUACCCUGCACGAAGCGGCGUCAUUUGGCACUCGGAUGCUGCCAGGCUGUGCCUGUCGAGUCGAUUUCCAAACCUCCCCCAGAUGGAUUUUGGUGAACCCUCCAACAAGAGACCGAAAUACCCGGUACCCACAGGCAGGGAGGCCGACAUCAGUGAGAAGCCUGGAUUUAGAGCACCUUUAGGGGACGGAUCCGGGAGAUUCAGAGGUGUGAAAACCACAUCACAAAAGUCUGGCCCAUCCACACUUCCCGAGACGUUAGUGAAGAACACAUCGACAGCCAUAGGAGGAGGUUUAGACACCGAGUGGAGCAUGAUGAACCUGCUUUGCCCCUACACACCCAACGACCUGGCAUCGCUUUAUCACAGUUCACCCAUGAACCCCAGUCAUGGAGCACUGUCCAACCCAAGAGCAGGGGGCAGAACUGUGCUGUACCAACACUUACCCACUCUGCCCAACCUGCAGAGAAGAGACCCCCCAGGCCCCUUUCCUAAUCAACGCUAUGGGGCUACUGACAAAAGUAGCUAAAGUGCCAGUAAGGUAAAAGAAAAUAAGGACAUUUUUGGAAAUGCAAACAAGGACUUCCUUUUUUUUGGACGUUCAGAGUCCGACCAGAAUAUUUUAUACCCUGGCACUCGAUAUAAAUGUUUCAAAGUCGUAUGUGAAAAGUAUUUUUUUGUCUUCUCUCUAGAUCAAAGUGCUGCUAUCUUAUUUUAGAGAACUUUGUUCAGUGUACUGAUUGGAGAGGAGAGGUGGUCUGGGCUCAGGAAGUGUCUAUGCUCCCCUAAUUUAAAGCGUUUUCAAUAGAAUAAAACUUAUGUUGCAUAGACGCUCCAGGGCUCAGCUUUCAGUGUACAUUUUUUUUCUUUGUUGAUUGGAAAUUGCAGAGUAUCUCUCUUUCAAUAUAUUACUCCACCAGGGUGCACUGUGAGUUUUUUUUUUUUCCCACUUGAAAUUAUUGCUUAAUCCACUUUGACCCACACUAAUGCCUGUAAGUGUCUAUGACAUAACAGUACAAUUUGUAUGUGGGAUGACAACAAUUUACCUGUAAGCUUUCAGUACAUAUAAAUUGUAUAACCUAAGAAGAAUGACCUGUGUGAAGAAUUGCUGCUCUGUUCACAGAAUGUCAAUGACCAAGCAGUAAUUAAGCACUAUGCUGUUAUUUGUUUGCUUUUCCAAAGCACUGGAGGGUGGGGAUUUUCUGUAGAAUAACUUGAUGGCUUUGACCCAGUGGUUCACAAACAGGCCAUAUAGUUACAAGUCCUUCUGUGUUUGCUGAAGUGUUCUACCUCAUGUUGUGCUCCCGACAUUGUCAUUCUUGUUAAGCUGCUGCCACUGUCAAAUCGGCUGCAGCGCUAGUUUGCUGUUGACUGGAGACAUUUUUCGAGCACAAGUAGAUGGACACGUAGCCGUCGACCAUGUAAAACACAACAGCGGCUACUGCUGAGGUCGCGUCAACACAACGAAUGAACACAGACCAAAUUAUAUGCGUAUUGUUUAUCCUUUUUGAAAUGGCAAAUGUCUUCCAUCUGUCUCUGCCUCAAAUGUACGAGCUGUAAAAGAGGGCUGAAUUCCAUGGAUUUCUAUUGGCGUAUUAAAAUAAAAAAUUGGUGCUGUACUUAAUUGGGUUGCCCAUUAAAUUGCUAGUGAGGAUCUUGUUUUUACUAUGCAGAGUCCUGAAAGUGGAGUUUUGUUUUUAGUGGCAGCGGUCAGUAUGGAUGAUCAUCAAGGGGCCUUUUUAAAUGUAUGGCUGCAUGGUUUGGAGGAAAAAAAAAAAAAAUCAAAACGACCAGUUAUGCUGGCUCAGUUGUACACUGUGAACAAAAAAAGUCUCAGGUUAUUGUGUUAUCUGUUGUGUAAUGUAGUAUUUUUGCCACUUUGAAAGGCUUUGGUUAAGUUAUUUUUUGUUUGGUAUUCACAUUACAUGUGUACUUACUGUAUGUAAAAAUGAAAAUAUUGUUUGAGAUUUGUAUGACACAUUUCAAUAAUAAAGUGUGAGGAGAGAA